CUUGUGCAUGCGUCGGCGUGUCACAACAAAUGUGUUUUGUGCAGCGCUGCCCCCUGCACGGUUUUUAGACGCGUCUGUGCCGGACCGCUUUGUAUUGAUUGCGUGUACUGGGCAAUGUCGCUGCAGGUGUGUGUGUGGGAGGUCGUGUAUGUGCACGUGCAUCGCUCGCAGGCCAGUGACGCCCUGAUCCUGGUGGGGCAAGACGGGGUGCAGCGACCGCCGGUACACUUCCCUAAAGGGGGUCAUUUAUUGUCAUUCCUCAGCAACUUAGAAACUGGUCUGUUGCCGCAUGGUCAACUGGAUCCCCCUUUGUGGUCGCAGCGGGGGUCAGGGAAGCAGGUAUUUGGCAGAAACAAAGGCAGACGGCGUCCUAUGCCAAGUCUCUGCGAGAGUGGGGAGACUGAGGAGCACGAGUUUGAAGACGUAGCUGGUGAUUACGUGUUUCGGAUUGUUAACAACGCGAUUGCUGACAGAGAAGCGAUGCGUCACACGCUGUUGGAGAGAGUGGUGCAAUCCCCGCCGAGGACUCCACGCAGAACGCUGGCCUCAACGUCCACUACAUCAUCAGACUCGAGCACAAUGUCAGUGGACUGUCCACCGCUGGUCGCCAACUUAAACCAACCCUCGCCGGCCGCGCAGCCUCUGGGACAACAGGCAGCAUCAAUAGAGUUGGUGUGCAGCACAAUGAGACGUCAGAUCAUUUCUCGCGCCUUCUAUGGUUGGUUGGCAUAUUGCAGGCACUUAUCCACCGUGCGUACGCAUCUUAGUGGACUUGUCAAUCCAAAUAUCAUACCUGAAGACGGCGCUGAAGAAGGACUGACAGAAGAUAUGUGGAGAUCGUUGAUGGAUGAAUCUGGUGUCAUUAAAAAUAAGAAUGAACUGUUCAGACUUGUUUAUUACGGCGGUGUGCAACAUGAUAUAAGGAAGGAAGUGUGGCCUUUCUUACUCGGAUAUUACGAAUUCGAGUCGACAGCCGAAGAGCGACAAGAGCAAGAUAUAUCAUACCGUCGCCAAUACGAAACUACAAUGUCUGAAUGGUUGUGUGUGGAAGCGAUCGUUCGACAACGGGACAGAGAAGCGACGGCCGCAUCCAUUGCACGGCUAUCUGAAUCGUCUGGUAAAGCGAAAAUCGAAACAAACGAUACAAGUGAUGUUUUCGAAGACGACUGCAGUGUGAUAUCAGACAAUCCUCCCGUGGUUUCACCAGAACCAAGCGAUAAUGAACCAACACAGAAAAAAAUUGAUGUCAAGCCAAUACUAUCACGUGCCCCUAGUAUAGAAGAAAUAGACAAUAUGGAAAUGGAGGAAGACAAAGUAAAAGAUGUAAAACAGAACGGAGAGACUGAUAUUUGUGAUUUGGAUUUAAAUUACGAUGAUGAUGACGGCGAUGAUGAAGUUUGUAUUAAAAGUGUAGUAGAGAAUCCUGAUUUAAGGCGGGAAAGUAUUGCAGAAAUAAAGAGAUUGGCUGAAGGUAUAGUUCAAAAAGGAGAGGGUAGAGCAUUACUGUGCAGUGUUGAUAGUGCAAAUGUCAAUAUUAAUGGAAAUAGUACAAGGUCUGAUGAAGGACAGCAGACCUCUAAUCAACAUAAUACGCACAGUGUUAUUGUGACAAAUCCUUCUGUUGAUUUAGCUGUGUCUGGUUCACCAGCCUCUGGUGGCACAACAGCACCCGCUAGUCCGGCUCGAAGUCCUCUGGGAGUGGUUCGUGAAGAGUCUCACUCAGCAGGGGCUUCUAUUGAUACUUUGGAUCCCGAAUCUCGACCUGAUAAUCGCUCUAACUGCGUUUCACCUACAAGCUCUAAUGGUGGAGUAUAUUCAAAUGAAUUGGUGGAGAGUUUCGCGUUGAACCUGCACCGAAUAGAAAAAGACGUGCAAAGAUGUGACAGGAACUAUCCAUUCUUCACAGAUGAAAAUCUCGAUAAGCUCAGGAAUAUAAUGUGCACAUAUGUGUGGGAGCAUCUUGAGACAGGAUAUAUGCAGGGAAUGUGUGACCUGGUGGCUCCGCUUCUUGUAAUAACGAAAGAUGAAGCGGUCGCCCAUGCCCUAUUCACUCAGAUCAUGCAUCGCGCUAAAGAUAACUUCCCUUCAGGACAGGCAAUGGAUGCCCAUUUCGCUGAUAUGAGGUCGCUAAUACAAAUAUUGGACUGUGAACUGUACGAGCUGAUGCAUGCUCAUGGAGACUAUACACACUUCUAUUUCUGUUAUCGAUGGUUCCUGCUCGACUUCAAACGAGAGUUGCUGUACCAAGACGUAUUCUCCGCAUGGGAACUGAUUUGGGCAGCACGUUUCGUGGCCUCGGAACACAUGGUCUUGUUCAUCGCAUUGGCGCUUCUUGAGACCUACCGUGAUGUGAUACUUGCCAAUACUAUGGACUUCACUGAUAUUAUUAAAUUCUUUAACGAAAUGGCAGAACGGCACGACGCGCCGGCUGUUAUGUCAUUAGCGAGGGAACUAGUGCUUCAAGUUCAAACACUGAUAGAGAAUAAGUAACAACGGCACAGAGGAACUGUGACUUAGUAUUGUAUGAAUGUUGUGUUUUAGCAAAUUAUAUUACAAUUAGGUGAAACUGUUUCCCGUUUCUAUGUGAGUAUGUAAAUAUCUUAUGCACUUCAGGUCAUGUUAAGUUCGUUUUUAUUAUUUAAAUCAUUAAUAAUAUUUUGUAUUGCUAUAAAAGGAGUUCAAAAAGUUCUAUACUCAUUAUAUUUCGUGCAAAUAACGUAAAAACGUUAUAAAGUAAAAUUUCGGUAAAAGUGCUGUUGUAAUGAAAAUAUGUGGCAGAACUAUCUAAAUGAGCGUCUACAAAAUAUAAAUUAAAUUCAUCAAAGGAGAAACUAAAUCGCUGUGGUACAUAAAACAUAAAAUGUUGUAUAAAGUUUCAUAAAUGACGCAAGAAAACACUCGGAAGAGAUUUUUGAAACAUUCACUCCUAGGGAAUAAAAUGGUGGAUGAGAGAAUGGUUGAACAAUAAUGAGGGUAGUCGAAAAGUAUUUGACGGCAAAAAGGAUGCUUGAAUAGGGGUCAAAACUUUGUAUACUUCUCAACAACCAUAUAUUAUAUAAAAAUAAAGGGGAGUUAAUAUAAAUAUUAUAAUUGAUAAUUGCAGUACAAUUGCCCCCCUAUAUAUGUAUAUACUUUUCAUUGAUCACAACGCUUCGGAUAUUGAGAGACUUGCAACGAUAUUGUGCAAAAUGACGGAGUUUCCGCAAAUAGAUUUUUAAAUUUUAUAUGUUUAAAUGUAUAAUUGCUUUAAAAAAUAACCAAUAGUAUUUUAAGGGCAGUGUUUUCAAAUUAAUAUUGCUGCAUAGAUGUAUUCUAUUUAUUUUAUUAUUAUACUCUGACAUUUAAAAUAUAAAUGGCCACAAUUACACCAAGUUAAAGGAUCGAAUUCCCUUUUGUAGCAAUAUCACAAACCGGGUGUUUCUACUAUACUUAAUCUAUAAUCGAAGUAUUGGUAUUGGUAUGAGAUAAUUUUCCAUCACGCCAACAUGCGACAGUCGCUCAUUGUAUACUAACUCUCCCCUCCCUCCGCGUUCUUUCCGCCAAAAAGACCCUAUUUUGGACUUCUACGCGUUCAAUGACACUGCCUAUAAUCAGUGCCAAAGUUUGUAUGUAUAACGUAUAUUAACAAAUAAAUUUUAUAGGUAUUGUAAAAUGUAUCUGAGUAGGUACUGAUCUCAGUACGUAUUAUUGUACUACCAAGUAUGAUAGGCAUGACGACUGAUGACAGUCCUUGACUUUGAUCGCCGUUGAGCCGUGACGUCUUUCAUGUUAUAGUCUAUCUAACAGUCAGUGUGGGUAAUUUUAACUUUUACCAGAAUCCUUUGAUCAUAUUGUUUGUUUUUGAUUCUUAAAUACUAUUAUCAUGGCCAUAACGUUGUUAUCUAAGUAAAUGAGACGGUUAAAUUGAGUAAAAUACGAGAAUAUUACUAGUAUAAUAUAAUAUGUGAAAAAAUAUAUUUACAUUAGUCCAAAAUUUGUUGUCCAUGGUACUUUGUCAUGUUUAUUGUGUAUUGUGAGGUUUAAACUUUAACAUCGAUGUAAAAAAAUCAACUAUUAAUUCAGGUUCAAAAAAAUUUUUUCUAAAUUAAUACUAAAACCUUUUAAAACUCAAUUUUGAAAAAAAAACAUAUAAUAUAUAAUUAUUAGUUAACAGUUCGUCCCGCAUCAACCUAUUCAAAAUUUCUUUUUACAAUACCCGUGCAUUAACACGGGGAUAUGCCGCGAUCUUUUUCAUGUAAAGGUUUCUUCCCUACUUACUACAUCGACGCCUACUAAAGAACUAACGAUGAUGCCGCAUUACGAAAAUAGAUUAUAAAUCCU